AUGAUGCCCUCUUUUGUCAAACCAUUAACAUGGCAGUCAACUGAUGUUUUCAGCUUGUGCUGUGAAUGUGGUGCACUUAUCGAUCCCAACCCUGCUAGUAUGUGUGUGGGUUGUAUUCGCGCCAGAACGGAUAUAACCGAGGGUAUAAGUAAGCAGUAUCAGAUUGGCUGGUGUAAACAGUGCCAUCGAAUUUUGAUCCCACCGAAGGCAUGGAUCAAAGCAGAAUGGGAAUCGAAGGAACUAAUGAAGAUAUGUCUGAAGCGGAUAACCGGACUGAAAGCGGUUCGACUGGUUGAUGCGAAGUUCGUCUGGACGGAACCUCAUUCUAAGCGCAUCAAGAUCAUGCUGACUGUGCAAAAAGAAGUGCUGGAUCGAGCUGUGCUACAGCAGUCGUUUGUUGUGGAGUAUGUUGUGUGCAGUCAGAUGUGUGAUGCCUGCCACCGAGAGGAAGCGAAGGAUUAUUGGCGAGCGGUUGUGCAAGUCAGACAGAAGGUAGUGAAUUUGGUCAUGUGUAAGUGUUUCACGCGGUUGUUGAAGAGCUCGAACAAGAAGACGUUACUUUAUCUAGAGCAGCUAGUUCUGAAACACGAAAUGUAUCGCCAGACAACGGAAAUUAAGCAGAUGCACGGUGGAAUUGAUUUCUACUACGCGCACAGGCAGAAUGCGAUGAAAAUGAUCGACUUCCUGCUGAGUGUGCUACCAGCCAGAUACCAGCAUUCGCGCGAGCUUAUGUCGCAUGACGUUCACUCGAACACCUAUGACUACAAGCAUAACUACUCUGUCGAAGUUGUGCCUCUUUGCAAAGUUAGGGCCGGACAUCGACUGCGAUCGAUUGGUUAUGUUGUUAUGUUGCAGGACGACGUUGUGUGCCUUCCGAAAAAGCUGGCUCAUCUGUUGGGAAACAUCGCUCCCCUGUGCAUUUGCUACCGCAUUACGAAAACUAUUCAUCUAAUUGACCCAGAGAGUGGUCAGGUAGCUGAAGUCGACAGUGACCAAUACUGGCGAUAUCCAUUUUACAGCAUCGGAAAUUCGUCUUCUUUCACGAAUUUCUCUGUGAUCGAUAUCGAGCCCUUAGAAGAAUGCAAUAGCAACCCAAUACCUGGUCAGGGAAAAGUAUCGAGUAAACACGUCGUGUCAGAAUGCGAUCUUAUGAGGACUUCAGAACUCGGACAGUCAACUGCCAAACAUUAUUUUUGUCGAACGAUACUUGGAAAUUUGUUGAAGCCAGGCGAUACGGUGUUGGGGCUGGAUUUCACAUGCCGCAAUAUCAGCAACGAUCAUUUUGAAGAACUGCGGCCAGAAGGCGUGCCAGACGUGAUACUUGUUAAAAAGGCUUAUAACCGCAAACUUGCUCGUCUUGGACGAGUGUGGAAACUGAAGCACUUGCAGACAGAUGUGGGUUUUACGGGAUCAAUGACAGAUAUCUAUGACGAGUUCUUGUCUGAUCUAGAAGAAGACCCUGAGCUGCGCCGAGGUGUCAACAUAUAUAAGGAUCCGCGGAAUGCCUGUACAUCUGUAUCAGAAAAUGGGGACAGCGAAGACCGUCCAACGAUAGCGUUGCAAGAAAUGCUCGAAGAUCUGCACAUUGAGGACGAGGAAAUGGCAGAAGCUUGA